AUGUCCGACCUCACCGCAUGGGGAGUCCCCCGUCUCUCGCAGCUCCUCCCGCUAGAUGAGGAGUCGCUAUCUCAAGUCAUCGAGUAUGCUGCCAGUCUCUCUAAAGAGGCCUGCGCCGACCACCUGAAAAACCUCCUCGGCGACUCCCCCGCAGCCCUCGAAUUCAUCGCCUCGUUUAACACGCGCCGAAAUACCCGGCCGCCCACCCAAAGUGGACAGGGCGAGAAAGAUAGAGGGAGAAAGGGCAAGAAAAAGGCCCCGCUGCACAGUGCGGGCCCGCCGCGCCGACCGGACAAUUACGGUGAUGUCGGCGGUGCGUAUCUGAAAGCGGAGCAUGAGGAGGACUAUAUGACCACCAGCAAGCCCUCCCAGGCGACUGGGCCAUCGCGACAUGAGUCUUCUUCGCGCGGCUCAUCCCCUAUGCCGGCGCCAGCCUCCAAACCUCCGCCCUCGGCCGCGGGGCCCGUGCUCUCCGACAUGCUCCCAAAUGUGCGAUCGAAAGCUAGCAAACCUGCUCGUCAGAGCGGGCAAGCCGCUAGUCCAUCCAAAGGUAGCGGGUCGCUUACUACGAGCAAUAUCUCCGAUCUGACGGCGGCCAUCGCUGCCUUGGAGGUUUCGACCAAUCCGACGAUGGGUUCUGAGGGACGUAAAUGUACUUGCUACGCGGCAAUCCACCCGCUCUUUGACCCGGCACCCAACUGCCUGAAUUGCGGUAAGAUCAUUUGCUCGCUCGAGGGCCUACAGCCAUGCUCUUUCUGUGGAACCCCGCUUCUCUCAGCCGAGGAGGUGCAGAGCAUGAUCCGCGAACUACGAGCCGAGCGCGGACAGGAAAAGAUGCGCGCCCACAACGAGGGUGUCCACCACGAUAGUGGCCCCAAACCAGUCUCGGCAUCUGGGUCCUCGUCACCCAGCAAGCUCGAUGCCGCCAAGGCUCACCGCGACAGACUUCUCCAGUUCCAGGCACAAAAUGCUCGCCGGACCAAGGUCGUUGACGAGGCGGCUGACUUUGAAACGCCAAAUGUCGCUUCGACGCUGUGGAUGAGCCCCGCGCAGCGCGCACUGGCACUCAAGAAGCAGCAACGUAUCCAGCGCGAGAUGGAGGACAAAGCCCGUCCUGAAUGGGAAAAGAAAAAGACGGUGAUGAGUCUAGACAUUAAAGGCGGCAAGGUCCGCCGGGUAUAUCAGUCUGCGGCGGCGGACCCGACUCCAGAACCAAGUGAGCCGGAUCCUGCCGACGCAGCGGACUCAGAGAUGCCCCGAGAAAGUGGCCAUGCUCUCAGUCGGAAUCCGCUCCUCGCGGCGGGAGGAUUGAUGCGUCCAAUGUGGCGUGCCCCGGAUGGCAAGUCCGCCGAGACAGCGGAGCGGACUGAGCGGAAACAGACGUGGCGGCGUGUUCAGGAUGACAAUGACGACAAUGAGCAGUGGAUUCUCGACGGGGGGUUGCAGGGGCACAGCGCCUGA